UGAAAAAUGGUUAAGCUACCUUAUGAAUGAAGUUAGUAGGCAACCCGCAGUCCCGCAUGCUCGUAAAGUCACAUUUCUUUCCCACUUACAUCAACUUGUUCGUAAGUAUAUUUUGUAAGGUAUAAGUAUAAAUCAAAAAGGCAAACAAAUCCGGAAACACCUUUUCCGAUUGGCUCACGCUGGUACCAGCUGGUGUCAUAAGAACCCUACCUAAUUGCUUAUGAAUAUUAAUUGUUCAAUACGUUUCAAUUGGCCUGCAUGUAGCACGGCUGCUAUAGGACGGUAAGCAUGCGCAAGUUAUCACUGUCGUUUGAACGUUAGGGGAGUUAUAGGAGUUAUAGGCUGUUGAACUCCGAGAUGAAUUACUACGGUUUGAAACAAAUAAUAACCAUUGUACAAAUGUACGUUCCUAACUAGACAACGAAGAUUAAAACGUUACUGUCAGGAUCACAUUUAAGCAGGCGCAGGUGAUGAGGUCAGUCAACUUCUUGGUUUUUCCUCGUGAUUGCGAUUCAGUUUCAAAGCCACGCCUAAUGAUUUUAUUCAUAUUAAAUUUGCCAUAAAAGUAGCCUCCACCUGCGUCAGACCAAGCGAUUGUAGGGUCUUGUGUUAUUAUAUAAACCGACGAAGUUUUUCAGUCCGCAUUUCAGUUUCAAGAGUCUCAACAUUCUCCUAACAGCACAGGCUUUUGAAAAACUUUCGACAAUGUUACUUCCUCUGAUUCUUGCUUUACUAGCCGGAUCGGUUACGUCUUUCGACUACUGUACUCUAAGUGCACAGAACACUUUGUGCAAAUACAAGCCGACAUCUUAUGGCACCGCUUGCAUGAAGAUCGUCCCGAUGUCUGUUACAGCUGCUGAUAAAACUUUGAUCGUUGAUUUACACAACAAAAUGCGUCGCCAAGUCGCCAAGGCGAUGGAAAAGCGUGGCAAUCCCGGACCGCAGCCAGCAGCUGCCAACAUGAGAGAAAUGAGCUGGGAUGAUGAAUUAGCUCUCAUGGCUCAGACUCACGCACAACAGUGUGUGUUCACUCACGAUGUCGAUCGCAACAUUGCCCGCUUUAAAGUCGGCCAAAAUUUAGCCAUUCAGUUUUCAACGGUGGAGAUGAAGAAGUCCAAUUGGACUAGUAUGGUUCAAAGUUGGUACGACGAAGUAAAAACCAUGUCAGCGUCUUACGUGGCGUCGUUCCCAUCGAAACCGACAGGAGUAAUUGGUCAUUACACUCAAAUGGUAUGGGCUAAAACGUUUAAGAUUGGUUGUGGAAUCGUUUCAUAUUACGACACGAAAUUUCAGCCGAAAUUUCCUCACAAGUUAUUUUACGUCUGCAAUUACGGUGAAGCUGGAAACUAUCUCAGCACACCAGUUUACAAAACUGGAACUGCCGCCUCGGCUUGUCCAGCUCCUACUGUACCCAAAGAUGGACUUUGCGCUUGAACAAGAACAUGCUUUUCAGACACCUUUACGAAUUUGAUUUCGUUAAAGCAAAUUUUUUUUAAACACAAUAUUUAGUUGUUAAACUGUAGGUUAUUGAGAAAAUAAAUUCGCGAUUGAUUCCGAU